AUGGCGAUAUUCGCGGUCUCACUACUGAUCAUUGCGUUCCAUACAGUUCUUGAACAUGGUCCUCCAUCCAUGGCGUGGAGCCCAGUUAUCUCUGAUGGAACUAGUAUAUACAAGACACCUUCUGCUCGACAUCGCAAGCUUCUGGGUCGUGGUAAGCUAUAA